AUGUCUUUGGUUUCGGGAGAGAAGACGAACUUCCAGUUCAUCUUGCGUCUCCUCAACACGAACGUCAAGGGCGAGGAGAAGGUUAUGUACGCCUUGACCAGAAUCAAGGGUGUCGGUCGUCGUUACUCCAACUUGGUCUGCAAGAAGGCCGAUGUCGACUUGAACAAGCGCGCCGGUGAGCUCACCUCGGAAGAGCUUGAGCGUAUCGUCACCAUCAUCCAGAACCCUACCCAGUACAAGAUCCCCACCUGGUUCCUCAACCGACAGCGCGACAUUGUCGACGGCAAGGACUUGCAGGUCCUCGCCAACGGUGUCGACUCGAAGCUCCGUGAUGACCUCGAGCGCCUGAAGAAGAUCCGCGCCCACCGUGGUCUCCGUCACUACUGGGGUCUCCGUGUCCGUGGCCAGCACACCAAGACCACUGGUCGUCGCGGCAGGACUGUCGGUGUCUCCAAGAAGAAGGGUGGUUAA